AUGGGUUGCGUGAAGUCCAAAUUCCACCCCGAAGACAGGGGGACCCCCAAAAUGGACCCCAUCUGUGGCGUCCACAGCACUCACUAUGUGAGAGACCCUACGUCUGGCAGCAAGCGGGGGACCAAUAUUUGCCCGUCUCCCGCACCCGGACCCAUGGAGGGCCCUGCGGACGUUAUCGUCUUAGCUCUGUACGACUACAAGGCCGUCCACGACGGGGACCUCAGUUUCCACAAAGGAGACCAGAUGCUGGUGUUGGAAGAGUGCGGAGAGUGGUGGAGAGCCCGCUUGCUCUCGUCCAGGGCCGAGGGCUUCAUCCCCAACAACUACGUGGCUCAAGUCAACUCUCUGGAGACGGAGGAAUGGUUCUUCAAGGGCAUCAGCCGCAUGGACGCGGAGCGAAAUCUUCUGGCCCCUGGAAACGUGCUGGGCUCCUUCAUGAUCCGGGACAGCGAGACCACCAGAGGAAGCUACUCCCUGUCGGUGCGGGACUACGACCCCCAGCACGGAGACGCGGUGAAGCAUUACAAGAUUCGCACCCUGGACAGUGGCGGCUAUUACAUCUCCCCCAGGAGCACCUUCGCCACCCUGCAGGACCUCAUCGGCCACUACCAGAAGCUGAACGACGGGUUGUGUCAGAAGCUGACGAGGCCCUGCAGGACCCCCAGGCCCGAGAAGCCGUGGGAGAAAGAUGCCUGGGAAAUCCCCCGGGAAUCCCUGAAACUGGAGAAGAGGCUGGGGGCUGGCCAGUUUGGAGAGGUCUGGAUGGCCACGUACAACAAGCACACCAAAGUGGCGGUGAAGACCAUGAAGCCGGGAAGCAUGUCGGCGGAGGCCUUCCUGGAAGAGGCCGACAUCAUGAAGACCCUUCAGCACGACAAGCUGGUGAAACUCUACGCCGUCGUCACCAAAGAGGAGCCCAUCUACAUCAUCACCGAAUUCAUGGCCAACGGAAGCCUCCUGGAUUUCCUGAAAACCAAUGAAGGAAGCAAGCAGCCACUACCCAAACUGAUAGACUUCUCGGCUCAGGUGGCGGAGGGCAUGGCCUUCAUCGAGAAGAGGAAUUACAUCCACCGCGACCUCCGCGCCGCCAACGUCCUCGUCUCCGCCGGCCUCGCCUGCAAGAUCGCCGACUUCGGCCUGGCCAGGAUCAUCGAAGACGACCAGUACACUGCCAGAGAGGGCGCCAAGUUUCCCAUCAAGUGGACGGCCCCGGAGGCCAUCAACUUCGGCUCCUUCACCAUCAAGUCGGACGUGUGGUCCUUCGGGAUCCUGCUGACGGAGAUCGUCACCUACGGGCGCAUCCCCUACCCGGGCAUGACGAACCCCGAGGUGAUCCGGGCCCUGGAGCGGGGGUACCGCAUGCCCCCCACGGAGAAGACCCCCAAGGAGCUCUACGACCUCAUGACCCGCUGCUGGACCAAAAGGCCGGAGGACCGACCCACGUUCGAGUACCUGCAGAGCGUCCUGGAGGACUUCUAUACCGCCACGGAGGGCCAGUACCAGCUGCAGCCCUAGCCCGGCCCCCCGUCAUUCGUUUAUUCAGUCAGUCCUAUUUAUUGAGCGCUUACUGGGUGCAGAGCACUGGAC